UUGUUAAGUAAGGAUUAGAGUGUCGAAUGUUUGAAAUGUUUGGUCAUAAUUACACAUGGUAUUUACUCAGGUAUCACUCCGCCAGAAAGUAGAGACCUGCGUAUGUGUUUCGUGUUUCCAAAACAGCGAGUGUUUGUCGGUGGCUGUCUCUCUCUCACUCUCGCUGCCAGCAACAACUCUCUUUUCCUUCCCGACUGCUGCCUUCAACAGAGCGACAAACACUCUCAGCUGUGUCAUCCACGCACCUGUCACUGAUCUCGAAGCCGGUUCUGCCACACCCCGCUUUGCUGCAGGUGUACCUAAUGAAGUGUCCGGUCCUCCGAUGGGGGGCGGUACCCUGAUGUGGAAGCCCCGCCCCCGGGAGCAGCUCGGGGCUGCUGUGAGAUCCUCAGUCUACUGACGACACACACACACACACACGCUCUACUGAGUCUACUCCGCACUAAACAGUCCACUCCUCCCGUCUCCAAGCCUGGAUUUUUAAAGGUCUACGUUGUCAAACCCCGCGUCCACCACCGCCUUAACUCCACAGACGAGCUGCUGACCAAGAGCGGCAAACUUCAAAGCUUUCGGCUCCGAGCCCGUGAGACCACACCUGUGCUAACAAACCCCAGAGAAGGCGUCAACUUCACCUGAACAAAGCUCCAGGAGACAGACAUGGGUCAGGGAGAGGCAUCCGCACGAGGGACAACCAUGACGGGCGACUGUCUAAACUGCAUCAAGUACCUCAUGUUACUCUUCAACUCCAUCAUGGCUGUGGUGGGUGUUCUCUUUCUCGCCGCCAGCGUGUGGGUCUUAUUGGACACUUCAGGACUCAAACAUGUCAUCAUGAUCAACCCCCUGCUGAACCCCACCAUCUAUGGCUUCCUGAUCUUGGGGGGCGUGCUCUUCCUUCUGGGCAUCGUGGGAUGCACCGGGGCCGCCCGUGAAAACAAGUUUUUGCUCAUGGUUUCCUUCUCAAUCGUCCUCUUGAUUUUUGUGUUGGAGCUGAUCUGUGCCAUCUUGCUCUACAAAAACCUCGGGAAACUCUACAAGGACUAUUUUGCAAAAGAACUUAAAGAAAACUAUGGAGAGAAUUUGCUAUUUAGCAACGAGUGGGAUGACAUCAUGCGUGACUUCAAAUGCUGUGGAGUGACCCAGUACAAAGACUUUAAGGAGGAGGUGUGGCCACCAGUCUGCUGCCCGAACAAAAUUAAUAAGAAUUGCACAGACGAGGAGAUCUUCCAAAAGGGUUGUUACGAUGUACUCUUCCACCGCUACGACAAAUACAUCUAUUCAAUUGCAGGCUUCUCCGUGAUUAUACUGUGCACUGAGAUCUUCGCCAUGUUCCUGUCUCUGAUGCUCUACCAGUCCCUGCAGUAGAGGUUUGAGUUUGAGGCUCAGAAGAGCAGAAAAGGGAACUCUGGUGAAAAGCUGAUAAUGGACACGUGUAAUUUAAGGAUCGUAUUUAAAUAAUUGGUCGGGGGAAAGAAAACAUUCUUCAACUCUUGUACUUCACAGCUGGACUUUUGAGGUAACAAAGUACUCAGCCGCCCACACAAGGUGGGAGCUGCUACAGAUUGUGUGUCUUUAGUGGAAACAUGACGUUUGUGGACCAGGUCUGGCACAGACCGGGGUCGAGUAGACCGGACACGAGGACCAGAAGGCACUGACUUUUGGACGAAGACUAUUUAUUGUUGGCUGUUUCCCUUUCUCUUGAAUAUUGUAUAUUGUCACAUUCUCACAUGCGGUCUUUGUCUUCAUGUUCAUGCAGUCUUUGUCUUCAUGUUCAUGCAGUCUUUGUCUUCAUGUUCAUGCAGUCUUUGUCUUCAUGUUCAUGCAGUCUUUGUCUUCAUGUUCAUGCAGUCUUUGUCUUCAUGUUCAUGCAGUCUUGGUCUUCAUGUUCAUGCAGUCUUCAUGUUCAUGCAGUCUUUGUCUUCAUGUUCAUGCAGUCUUCAUGUUCAUGCAGUCUCUGUCUUCAUGUUCAUGCAGUCUUUGUCUUCAUGUUCAUGCAGUCUCUGUCUUCAUGUUCAUGCAGUCUUUGUCUUCAUGUUCAUGCGGUCUCUGUCUUCAUGUUCAUGCGGUCUUUGUCUUCAUGUUCAUGCGGUCUUUGUCUUCAUGUUCAUGCGGUCUCUGUCUUCAUGUUCAUGCGGUCUCUGUCUUCAUGUCACCUUGACAGCCGCCCACAGACCAGCCGCAGCUUGAAAGGCCACUCAGUUGUAUUUUGUAUUUGUUGUAUUUUUGCUAUGGUGACGUUCACUGCAGUACGCGUAUCGUGACUUGGUGGGAUUUUAGCUGUUGAAAUGUUUUUGUGUAUGCAUUUGUAUCAGAUCUUGUAAAUAAAUGGUAUUCGGAA